AGGCCGCUCUCGUAGGCAGCCAACGCGAGGCUGAGCCGCAGCUACUAGCGCUGAGUCCUCUGCGUGCGCCUUGCUCACUUUCCUUGCUUAUCGCCUAGGUUAAAGCGAACAAUACAGAGAGUAAAAAUGGCUAAAGGUGACCCGAAAAAGCCAAAGGGGAAGAUGUCUGCUUAUGCCUUCUUUGUUCAGACCUGCCGUGAAGAACACAAGAAGAAGAAUCCAGAAGUUCCUGUCAACUUUGCAGAGUUCUCAAAGAAGUGCUCAGAGAGGUGGAAGACCAUGUCAAACAAAGAGAAGGGUAAAUUUGAUGAAAUGGCUAAAGCUGAUAAAGUACGGUAUGAGAGAGAAAUGAAGGAUUAUGGACCAGCAAAGGGUGGUAAGAAGAAGAAGGAUCCCAAUGCCCCCAAACGGCCACCGUCUGGAUUCUUCCUGUUCUGUUCAGAAUUCCGUCCCAAUAUCAAAUCCACUAAUCCUGGCAUCUCCAUUGGAGACGUGGCAAAGAAAUUGGGUGAAAUGUGGAACAACCUCAGUGAUGGGGAGAAACAGCCUUACAACAACAAGGCUGCGAAACUGAAGGAGAAGUAUGAGAAGGAUGUCGCAGACUACAAGUCUAAAGGCAAGUUUGAUGGUGCAAAGAGUGCAGUGGCCAAAGCGGCUGUUGCAGCUCGGAAAAAGGUAGAGGAGGAGGAGGAUGACGAAGACGAGGAGGAGGAAGACGAGGAGGAGGAGGAGGAGGAAUGAGAAACUGUAUAAUACUUGUCUCCAUGUGAAUACCAUAGAGUAGGGGAAACACCAUUUGGAAAAGAGAAAAUAAACAGGCACUUCUUAUUUAAGAGGGUGUCUUAUUUGCCCUUUUUAUUAGGUUUAAUAACAUAAUUUAGAUUUUGACCACACCAGCGGUGGGAGCUUAAAUUAAAUAAAGUUGCUGUAGGAAAAUCCAGGAAAGAAAAACUAAAUAUAACCAAACCAUGGUUUAUAUUAAGUGUCCAUAGGCACUCUGAAAUUGUAACAAAGUUGUACAUAUUUCCAAGCAUUUUUAAAACAAAAAGGUGGAAGCAAGACACUCUUGUGUUCUCCUCAACUCUGUGCACUUUUCCUGUUGGUGUAACAAAGCAUUUAUAAAUGUUUCUCAAGCAUCUUAUUUUUUAAUUUGUAAGGUGGUGUUUAACUAUAUGGUUAUUGGUUAGAAAAUCCUGGGUUAUAAAACUGUACAUAUCUAUAGUUUGUAAAAACUAGACAGAUUCUUGUGGUUCAUGCUUUCAGUGGUGAUGCCUCAGAGGGGGAUGGGCAGUAACUCCCUGAAGGUUGUAACACUCUUCCACAGAGGGACAGAGGGGUCGUAUCUCAAAGCGCACUCUGCAAAAUUAGAUCUAUUUACAGUACAGUGGGCAUCCAUUUAGCCUAAAGUUUUAUUUCUGUAUAUAGUGAAACUAGCAUUCUGCUGCCAUUCUUAGUUGCAGAAGGGGAGGGGGAAUUUCAGCUGGCAUGAGAAAUUGUAUGGAUACUUUUCUUUCCUUUUUUAAUUAAGUGGGGUAAUUUUUAAAUGGAAACUGAAGAUCUCUUCGUUUUCAGCUUAAAAUGUGAAGAGAAGGCACAGAAAAUUGAAGUUCAAAAACACCCUGUAUUUAAAAAGAUAAACAAAAAUUUUCAAAAAAUGUUAUGUUUGGGUUUUUUGUAUGUUUAGAAUGCUGAAAUGUUUUUGAAGCAAAAAUAAAUAGUAUUACAUUUUUAAAACUUCUUGACAAUAUUCUAAAUCUUUCUGCUUUUAACAAGGUUCCCUGCAGCAGCAAAAAAAUAAAUAAAUACAAAACAGAAAGUUCUUUCAGCGUCAACCCAGCCAGUGAACCAUUUUAAAACUUUAGUAAAGCUUUACUUUUCCACUUCCCCAAGAAAGGAGCAUGAUGGUCUAGGAAAGGACUACUUAAGUUAAAGAUGUUGUGCAAGAUUGAGUCUUACUCCUUUGAAACUGGGACACUUGUGACCUUAAAUGUGUGUAUACCACUGUUUGGAAAGAUAGGUAACUAAGAAGGAGCAGGUGUUUCUUUUUAGCUGUGUUGGGUACCUUUAUAGCCCAAAUUCUAUGCUUUGUAAAUAUUAAAAUGUGCCUCUUUUU